AGAACAUUAUCUCAUUUAAAAUAUAUUUUUAAUUUCAUUCUUCGAGGAUAAGUGAAAUAUAAUUAUUUAAUAUAAUUUCGAUGGAAUUAUUCUUUCCUUUCCGUUUAAAAUGUAUCGGGCAAUCGGUUACUUCCGCAUUACUGCGUCGCGUCACUCCUGAAAAGAUGCUGCCAGUGUAUAGAUUUGAUAAAAAGACUAGCCAUGAAUUGAAUUGAUUUAUUAACAAAAGGAUUUAAAGAUUAAUUUAGUCGCAGGCGGCGAUGGAAAUUAUACAUCAUUUUGGUCGAAUAGAAGAGAGUACAGACGAGGGAACAAUCUGUGACGAUAACAUCGGGAUGGUUUUGGAGGAAGCUGAAAUAAUAGAUACUGAUGGUAACAUAGAAAUUACAUCAGAAGAUGAUAAUGUUCAAUAUCAAUUUUGUCAGAUAAAUAGAAACGAAAGUGCUGUGGCUUAUCGUGUUGUACAAGUUAGUGAUAAUCAUUUGGACAAUAAUGAAUUAUCCAUAGCAACGCCUGUAAAUAAUACCGUACAAGUUUUGACUUCGCCAAUAAAUGGACAGUUUUAUUUGUUGAGUAGUGAUAAUGAAGUGCUUACCUCAGAUUCCGGAAGGAAUGUAAUACCUCGCGUUGCCAAAGUACAAAUAGAAACAUCUGAGAAUCUUGUUCCAGGUAUCAAAAAAAGAGACGAAAGAAGAAGAGUAACGCAUAACGAAGUAGAAAAGCGUAGAAGAGACAAGAUCAACAAUUGGAUCUUCAAAUUGGGAAAGCUUUUACCAGAUAAUGAAAAUGGCAUUAGCGGAGGAGAUAUAAAAGCUACUUCUGAAUUACAAAGCAAGGGUGAUAUUCUUGCACGAGCAUGCGAAUACAUAACGGAAUUACGAGAGAUUCGAGAGAAGUAUGCUCAAAAUUUAGAAGAGAAUACGCAGUUAUUAGAGGAAGCCAAAGCUCUCAGACAAGUUGCGACUCAAUUGAGAAAAGAUAAUUACCAAUUAAAAUCACAAUUGUCUAAUAACACCAAUUAUAUCCUAGGCACUUAAUCAUUAACUCUAUCUUUAUGAUAUUCGAUAUAUUUUCUCUCUCUUUUUUUUUUUUUUUUUUUUUUUUUUUUUUAAAUUUUAACCAAUGUGUUCCAUAACUUUUUUUUAUACUACAUCUACAGGACGUACGUAGCGCAAUAAAACGUGACUGUAGUAAUUACAAAAUGUUUAUUUACACGUAUUUAACUCAACAAUACUUGUAUAUGAUAAACGAUAAAUCGCAAUUAUAUAGUUAUAAAUUCAAACUGUACAGAUAUAGUAUAAACAAUAACUAUAUAUAACGCGAAUGAUAGAUUAAAAGUUGAAAAUUUAUUAUUAAAAUCAUUAAAUCAGAUGUACAAAUAUACAAAACAUUACGCCAUAAUCAAUAAGUAACUUCGUUCAAAUGUUACAUAUAAUUAACUUGAAAGUUACUUUUUUUAUUCUAAAAUGCGUUGAAAUUGUUAACUGGUAGGUCUACAGUAUUUACAAUUGUAAAAUACAUCUAUUUAUGUACAUUCAACAGAGCAACAUGUUCAGUAUUAUUUUCUUAAUUCAUUGCCAUGAUAUAUCUAAGUAUGUUGAUAAUAACAAAAUGAGCUUUAUAUCUUUUUCUCCUUAAAUAUGCACAUACAGUUAUCAUUAUCAAAUUUAGGGGAAAAUAUAUAUAUAUGUAUAUGUAUAUGUAUAUGUAUGUAUAUGUAAUUUCUAGUAUUAUUAUUGCUUCAAAGCACAUUAUUUUACUUUUUGUAUGUAACUGUUUAGAAGUAGUCGGAUUAACAUCUUGUACUUUAUUGGCUCUAAGCAAUAAUGGCAAGAGAGGCUUCCAAUAAUAGUACAAGAGAAGGAAUGAUAUUUAUAGUUGCGUGUCUCUAAAUAUUUUUUAGAUUUUUAGAACGUUUCAUCGAUUAUUUAAGAUUAUAUUGAAAAUAAAUAUUAAUUGUCGAAAUCAACGUUCGUCUGAUAGUAUUUCCUUUCUUAUCUGUUUAAGCAUAAAUUCGAUAAUUUCUUUUGAUGAAUAAUAAAUAAUUUAAUAUUAUUUUCUCUAAUCCCUUUAUCGCUAGAAAGAGAGAAAGAGAUAGAAAGAGAGAGAGAGAGAGAGAGAGAGAGAGAGAGAGAGAGAGAGAGAGAGAGAGAGAGAGAGAGAGAGACACGAGAUAUUUUUAAAUAAGUCAAUCAUUUUUAUAGCUUGUCCUUGUGCAAUAGUAUACACAAAGUAAUCACAUUGAAAUCAAAAAAUUCGUACUAUAAAAAUAACUCUGAGAAGAGCUAGGUCCAGCAAUAAAUGUAUGUAUCUUUCUAAUCUAAGCGUCAACGUUACUAACAAUUUCUAUACAGCUUAAUAGGAAUCUUAUUUUCCUGAUCUACUGAUUAUAUUGUCUUUGUCAUAUAGUAGAUGCAAUGCCAGAAACUGAGCGAAAACUUAUAUAUUUAGUUUAUCCUUCCUCCCUCCUCCUUUGUUCUAAAUAUUUUUUUUUUUUCUUUAUAAUCGUGCAUUGAAAUGAAAAUGGUACCGAACAAAAGAAAAA